GUUUACUGAUGGAGUAUAUUCUUUGUUUACAUAUUGCGUGUUGCUUUCUGGUGUAGUUAACUAUAUUCUUUUCUUAUUAUAGUUAAUAUUUUCGUUUCACAUGUUCUUACUAAUGGAAAAACAUUCAAUUACAUUUCUCUGCCUUGAUGAGUGAGGCUCCUUUGCCAUGGCUGAUUCCGAAGUUGUAACUGAUAGAACUCCACUUUUAGAAAGAAAAGGAAGCAUCGAAAGUGUUGAUUCUAACAUUAAAAUCGCAUUCGAAUCAAUAGAAAAUGAAGAACAACAGCUAAAAGUGGUUUUAAACUCGGAUUGCUCAAAAUUUGGGUUCUCUAAUGUGAUAGAUAUAGCAGACGACUCUGAAUGCAUGCUGCCGGUUAACGAAGAAAGUUUGAUUGCUCAGCAAUCCUCUGACAUUGUUUGCAUAUUUACUGUUGCAUUUGACACACGUGCUGGCAAUAUUAUUGAAUGGUUCCUUCCACGUGACUGCAAUGUGGAUGGCAUAGAAUUUCGUGCAAUGGCAAGUGGAUCGCAUCGAGUGCAAACAGAUUUCAUAUACUUCAAGAGGGGUCAGCUGUACGGUGUGGCGUGCUUCGAAAACAUGCCUGUGGACAAUGCUUGCGAGAGAGGAGCUCGAAUGAAAUCUGUGGGCGUACUUGCGCUCACCUACACUACCCUGCAUCAUCACAUGGGCUUCCUGCGACAGCAAGUUAGGCAUCUUCUUGAAAAUCCUGGAUCUUAUUCAGAAAUGGAAGCAUACUACGAGAAACAUAAAGGUUCCUUCCCGACAUUUAACGCAUUCCCGGAUCAUUCCGAGGCUUUUUCUGCCAAACUCUGGAACAAUUUUAUGCCUCUAAUGAAGAUAACACAUCCGGCCGGAUGCUUUUCUCAGUUCUUGAACUUUUUCGGCGAGAGGAUAUUUGUUCUCUGGAAAUUAGCCUUGCUGAAGAAACGAAUCAUAUUUUUCUCCCCUCCCCCUAUCGGAGUUGUCUGUUAUAGAGUCUAUUGCACAAUAUGCCUUACUGCACAUAGGAUGACAGAGGUUGGCCAUUGGUCUGCACAGCCAUUUUUCUAUGUCAACAUUGCUGACAUGGACACAUUAGGAUCUGAAAAAGUGUAUGUUGCUUGUACCACAGAAAAGAUAUUCCAGUCAAAAACUUCCCUUUAUGAUCUGUAUGUGGACAAUCAAAACUUCUUCAGUGAAAUACCAAUGAUUCAAAAAUUAAUGGGCACGAGUUUUGCUGACAAAAUGAAAUAUGAGCAAUUGUGUAAAUUGCAAUCUCUUCAGAAUCAUUGUUCUAAAGAAGAUGGCAACGAAGAAGCUGAUGAAGCCUGGUUUAUGAGGUAUUUUAUGUCACUGAAUGAGCAAUUGUUCAGCGCACUCUUGAGUGUAUCGAGAACCCAGGAGAAACAGUGGACCAUCGAAAACAUGCAUUCCCUGGGGCUGGACCCCGUCAAUGACCGAACCUUUAUCGUCGAAUUGGCCGACACCUAUGGCAUCGACAUUGUGCCUGCCGCCGACACACUCUGCUGCUCGCCUUAGUACAGGACACUAGGGGUGCUCAUAUGUGCUUUUUUUUUUUUGCCGCUGUGAGUGUUUUGUGUGCGAUUAAGUUUCGGUUCAUUUUCGGAAAAUUUAUUCUUCCAUAAAAGGCAGUGUGGGUCAAAAUUUGCAAAAUAGUACAAAUCAUGUCUGACUCGUAAUUUUUUUUUCCCGGCAGUCUGGAGCCUGAUUUGUACAAUUUUGGAGAUGACCCAAGUAUUUGAGUACAGUCUAACCUUGAUCCAAUGUCUUUGUAGCUGACAGUUGUAAAUUAUAGGGGUGUGAAAAAUGAUGCUAAUAUGCAGAGGUGGCAAUUGGAACUGAAAAGGGUGGAGGGGGGGGGCAAAAAAAAAGGCCACUAAAAGCCAUAGUACUUUUAGCGACAGCAAAAAAAUGAAAAAAAAAAGGGAAGGGAAAGAAAGUACAAAAUUUUGCUAAGGCUGGUUUUGAGAAUUUUGAAGCAGAUAAGUAGAAAUUGAUGUAAAUCUAACAGCUUAAUUUACAUUUUUCUAAAGAUUUGGAUGAAUUUUGUACACAAUAACUUUCCCCGCAGAGACAUUUAGACAUGAAUUAGACUUACAUUAUUUACUCUGAAGUAUUUUGAGGCGCCACAAACACUCGGUAAUAAUUUCUGUGAACAAGUAUGGCUUGUUUUAGUAGAGCAAUCGAUUUGCUAAUAUCUAAACAAUGAAUACAUAAACUAAAAGUUACUGCUUGUGCUAAAUAAUGUUUCAUAAAGAUAUACAAAGCAUAACAAAUAAUUAUGUCCUGAAAAUUUUGACAUUUCAGCGUUUUUUAUUAUUUUUAGUUUUUGUUCCUAAAUUGGAAAAAAAAGAACCAUUAAAAGGGGGGGGGGGGUGUUGCCCCUCCCCCACUUUUUUCGCUCUUUUGUAUCAUUUUUUGUAUAACUUUUGUCACACUUAUCUGUUGAGAUUUCUUCUAACUAUCCUUUCUUUAUUUAAAAAGUUAUUUUGCUGGAAAUGUUGGUGCUCAAGCAAUUGUUACAAAUAAAUUAAUAUUAGAAGCACAUCCAGUUCAAAAUAGUGGCAAUGUUUAACUAUGAAUUUACUAUGCAAUUGGGAAAUACAAUGGCAAGUUGGAAAUUUAAAAAUUGUAUUACUGCAAUGGCAGUAAGUUUGUUGUAUUACUAAUGCAAUAUCACCUCCAAAGUUUUAAGCAGCUUUGUUUUCAGUGUAUAGGAAGACAGCUUUGUAAGCAACAGUAAUUUUGUUCAGUUAGAAAAAAUUAUUCAGCUGGCUGUUGAUUUUUCAAGUAAGCUGUUCAUGCAAUGAUUAAAUUGAAAAAUGCAACAAAGGGGUGUAAUGUUAUACAAACAGCGGAUCAAGGUUUUACUGCAAAAUAAUAUGUUUGAAUAAUAUCUUUCAAAUGGAACAAUAUAGAAAAGAUUUUGUUCCUCAAAAUCACAUUCAAUUCCGUAAAAUAUAAAUCAUACACUUUAAGGAAUAGUGUUUCAUUAUUGACAGGAGUAAACAAGCAUUUUAAAAAAAAAAUAACUUUGUAUUUCAUAAAGUUAAUUUUUUUUUUUUUUGGUUAUGAUUAAUUCUUUUAAUUGUUAUUUGCUUUAACUGAAUUCAUCAUUUGUUUUAGUUAAGCAUGGCACUUAGCAAAGACUACUGUACUGUACUGUUGAAUUUAGUUAUGCAAGCAUUAGUGGUUAUUUAGUCAAACUAAUUGCUUUGUAAGAUAAAAUGACUUGAUCUUUGAUUUGUUUGUUAUCACUUCUGCAGCAGUACUUCAGUUCUGUUGAUCGUCACAUAGUUAAUCUAUCAUAAUUAUUUAUGUGAUAAAUUAAUUAUUUUUUUGUCUAUUAUAAAUAAUCUAUCAUAAUUAUUUUUAGUAUUUUAAUCCAUGCAAUAUAAUUAGCAUUUUCUACUUGUAUAUAUCAAAGUUUAAUGUUUUUUUUAAAGUUAAAAUUAAAAAAAAAAAAUCUUGGUUUUUCAUCUACCUGCUGUAAAAAAAGGGUGGUGGGUGGGGGUGGGGGACAUCAAGCCUUUUUCUAUCAUUUUGUUAUCAAACAUGUUAAAACUCCAGUAAAUUUUUUCAUGUCAUCCCCCCCCCCAAUUAUCCCUUUAAUAAUGUAGAAUGUAGGUCAUUUUGUGGUUUAUAUUAGUAGUCAUAUUUAUGGUUAUUCAGGAUUGCAUGUUUAUAGUUUCAUACAUUUAUUUAUUAGACUGAUUUUAAACCCACUACCAAACUUUAAUCAUGAUACUUUUUCGGUUAAAAUAAAAUACUACAACUUUCAUCUUAUCACACUGAGCUCUUUCUCAUUUUAUUGAACAUACUAUGCUUGCAUUAAUUAAGCUCAAUUGUAUAUUAUAACAAAGCAUCUGAUUGGUGUUUCAUGUAAUAACAUUAAAAACUACAUAUUGAUGCCAAAGUUGUACAUUAUGUAUACUUUGUGCAAAAUAUGCAGUGUGUGCCAAUACACAUUUGGUUGUUCCUGUUCAUGCAAGCAAAAACAUAUUAUUGUCAUUUUCUUUUAAUUUAUUAUUUAUCAUUUAUUGUUCUCAUGGUAGUCUCACUUAUGUUUAUCAUUUUAACGGACUUUCAUUUCCACCAUGUCAUAAUUGAAAACAUGUUGAACAGUAUUUUCAUUCAAACAUUUUUUCUGUAUAUAUUUUAAUAGGAACAAGUACAUGUUUUCCUCAACCUGUAAUAUCUUCUAUUUUUUAUUCCCUCAUAUUGCUUCGAAUGAUUUUAAUUGUUCUGCCAUUAAUUAUGUCACCUUUAUUAUUAUUCUAGAAAACUAUUUUUUAAACAUUUUAUUGCUGUUAUUAUUAUUUAUUGAUGUAGGCGAUAAAGGUCAUGAUCAGAGGUUGUCACUCUCCCACUUGGCAACUAUAUAAAAAAAGUGGUGACUAAAAAUAUUAGUAGCAUUAGCCACCCAGUCGCCAUUUACCCCAACCCCACCUGUGUUAUUUUAUUUUUAUGUUGUUAAUUACUUAUAUUAAUCUUUAUUU